GGCGCCGCCGUGAUUUGCUGCGCGGCGCGGCGAGCGGCGGCGGCGGCGAUGAGAGCGGGCAGUGCGAACUGCCGGAGCAGCCGCCGGCCGCCAUAGUCGGCACACAAAGCUGGUCCCAGAUUUGAGCGACGGCGAGACACCCUGAUGUGUGAGCCUGGGGCGCGCCAUGGAUCUGACUAAGAUGGGGCUGAUCCAGCUGCAGAACCCCUGCCACCCCACGGGGCUGCUGCACAAAGCCAACCAGAUGCGCCUGGCGGGGACGCUGUGCGACGUGGUCAUCAUGGUGGACAGCCAGGAGUUCCACGCGCACCGGACCGUGCUGGCCUGCACCAGCAAGAUGUUCGAGAUCCUCUUCCACCGCAACAGCCAGCACUACACCCUGGACUUCCUCUCGCCAAAGACGUUCCAGCAGAUCCUGGAGUACGCGUACACUGCCACCCUACAAGCCAAGGUUGAGGACCUGGAUGACCUGCUCUAUGCUGCCGAAAUCCUGGAAAUUGAGUACCUGGAGGAGCAGUGCCUGAAGAUCCUGGAGACUAUACAGGCCUCCGAGGACAAUGACACCGAGGUCGCCAUGGCUGAUGGAGGUGCCGCCGCCACCGCUGAGGAGGAGGAGGAGAAGAAGUCAAGGUACAUCAAGGGCCUCUUCAUCUCCAAGCCCACUGGUGAGGAGGGUGGCUAUGCUGGCAUGGCCAGCCAGAAUCUGCUGGCAGCCACAGUGGAGCAGAGCCCCUCUGCCUCUGCAUCCUACUGCUCCCUCUCUUCCAUGAGCCCCACCAAGGCGGCGGUGGACAGCUUGAUGACCAUAGGGCAGUCACUGCUGCAGGGUGCCCUGCCACCCAGUGCCCCCGAGGACUCGCGCUCUGCCACCACCCGCCGCCCCUCUGGCCUCGCCGAAGUCAAAACUGAAGCAAUGCAGGUGGAUGAGGCCUCCAGCCGUGACAGCCCCCGGGCAGCCGAGCCCGGUGCCUCCAGUGGGGAGAAGCCUGACGAGAAGGGCAAGGAAGGACCUGGCACCCCGACCCGCAGCAGUGUCAUCACCAGUGCCCGUGAACUGCACUACACCCGUGAGGAGGGUGCCGAGCCACCCCCUGAGCCUGGCCAGGGGCUGCCACUGGGGCCGGAGCCGUCUGCCGCUGCCCCGGGAGAGAAGCCCUUGGGCAUCUACUCUCUGCUGCCGAACCACAAGACUGAGCCGGUGCUCGGCGUGCCGCCCACUGCGGCGUCCGCCCUGCACGUGCAGCCGGCCCUGGCUGUCUCCAUGGACUUCAGCGCCUAUGGCGGGCUGCUGCCCCAGGGCUUCAUCCAGCGGGAGCUGUUCAGCAAGCUGGGGGAGCUGGCAGCCGGCAUGAAGACAGAGAGCAGAGCCCUGGGUGAGCAGUGCAGCGUGUGUGGGGCAGAGCUGCCGGACAACGAGACCCUCGAGCAGCACAGGAAGCUGCACAGUGGGAUGAAGACAUACGGAUGUGAGCUGUGCGGGAAGCGGUUCCUGGACAGCUUGCGGCUGCGAAUGCACUUACUGGCUCACUCAGCGGGUGCCAAAGCCCUGGUCUGCGAUCAGUGCGGCGCCCAGUUCUCGAAGGAAGAUGCCCUGGAGACGCACCGGCAGACGCACACCGGUACAGACAUGGCCGUUUUCUGCCUGCUGUGCGGCAAGCGGUUCCAGACGCAGAGCGCCCUGCAGCAGCACAUGGAGGUGCACGCCGGGGUGCGCAGCUACAUCUGCAGCGAGUGCAACCGCACCUUCCCCAGCCACACCGCACUCAAGAGGCACCUGCGCUCCCACACAGGCGACCACCCCUACGAGUGCGAGUUCUGCGGCAGCUGCUUCCGGGACGAGAGCACACUGAAGGGCCACAAGCGCAUCCACACCGGAGAGAAGCCCUACGAGUGCAACGGCUGUGGCAAGAAGUUCAGCCUCAAGCACCAGCUGGAGACCCACUACCGAGUCCACACAGGUGAGAAGCCCUUCGAGUGUAAGCUGUGCCACCAGCGCUCCCGGGACUACUCGGCCAUGAUCAAACACCUUCGGACCCACAAUGGCGCUUCCCCUUACCAGUGCACCAUCUGCCUGGAGUACUGCCCCAGCCUCUCUGCCAUGCAGAAGCACAUGAAGGGCCACAAACCAGAGGAGAUCCCCACUGACUGGCGGAUAGAGAAGACCUAUCUCUACCUCUGCUACGUCUAAGGGAGGAGGCAGAGGGGCAACAGGGCAGAUGACUGGGCAAAAAAAUCCCACCAAACCCGCAGCAUCCAUGGCCUUGUUUGUUUUCAGUUCUCAUUCGUUUCUUCUCGCCGGAAGGAUCCUGCAGCUCAUGCCGGACCGAGGGAUGCACCAGCCCCUUCUCAAGCCCCAUCCACACUGCUGUCCCAGCUGCUCGUGCGCCUGCUGCCCUUUCACCCUUGCUGCAGGGCAGAUUUCACCCUCUGCAACCCCCAGCCAGGCCCUCCAUCACCCUUGGCAUUGGCCACUGGUGCUGCUGGGAAGACCAUGUAGGAAAGAGGCGCUUCCCUGAAAGUGUGUGUACAGCUAGUGGUCUGGGAAGGCUUUAAUUCCUGGAGUCCUGUCGCUGCAUAGACCCUGCCGUGGAUGCCCUGCAGAGGAGCUGAGCUCCCGUGUGGGGCUUGGGCCCCAUUCUGGCAGGUUCUCAUGCUCCCAGGCUGCAGCAUCGCAGGCAGGAGAGCACAGUGCCCUGUGAGCCACAUGUGCUUUGGCACGAGCGUCCUGGGGGGAUCCUGGCCAGAGGAGGGUGUUUGGGACAGGGAGCCAGCUGUGAGCCAGGCUGCCUUGAGGUGUUGCCUGGUGUCCAGGUGGGCUCAGGGGCACAGGAGGCUGCUGCUCUCCCCAUGACCAAAGACCUCUCUAUGCAUUUCUCCCUCCUUCCCUGCCUUCCCAGGGCAAGGGUGCAGCCCCACCAUGGGGAGAUGCAGUUGGUUUAGUGAUAUGCAGUCAGUGCCAGUGUUGGAGCUGUUAGCACGUGGCAUCACUCCGAUUGCAGGGGUCCUCUUUUCUUCUGCUGAUUUGGGGCACCUGGAAGGUGUCAAGUGUGGGGUUUUUUGCCCAGCCCUCAGCCGCAGGAGCCCACAAGUAAGGGGUGCCCCGUGGCAGGCGGCUUUGUUCGCCGCUUUUUUUGCUUUUUGUUUGGGUUUUUUUGAACUUUCUUUUGGAAUAUUUCCGCAUUUAGCACAUUUUACUUGAAAUUACCUCAUUUUUUUGUGACCUCAUGAGCUUUUAUUGAUUUGGGAGGGACAGGGGGUGGCAUGGCUGGGGUGCACCAGCCACGUGCCCAGCAUUGGUGGUGGAGAGGUGGUGGGGCACUGGUGUCCUUGCCAGCCUCCUGUUGUGCAUUAUCCUUACCAAAACUGGUAUUUUUUGCCUGGCCCCAUGGGGCUGGGGGUGUUGGUUCUGAAGCUACCUCUUGUGUUCGUUUUUGUUGUGUUUCUCCUGCGCAGCCGUGGGCUUGGUGGUUCCAUCCCACGGUUCUUUUUUUGUCGUUUUGCUGCGUUUGGGUGAAAAGGGGGGGAAA